AUGAAGAUAAGAAAAAUGCCAUCAUCACCACCACCCUCCGCUGCUUCCACAUUCGCCCUCCACCACCACUACCGUGAUCGCCACUAUCCUCCACUGUCAUCGCCACCACCGCCAACACCACCACCCUACGACCAGCACCACCCUCCACCACCACUACCAUUGCCGGCACCAUCACCGACGCCAACGCCACCACUGACACUGCCACCACCACCCUACCGCCACCAUGACCACUGUCCUCCUCCACCACCACCCUCCACUGCUGACACCACCACCGCCAUUGCUGCUGAUACCAUCACUAUCGAUCCUCCACCCCCACCGCCACCUUCCACUGUCGCCACCACCAUCAACACCACCACCCUACCGCUGCCGACACCACCAUUAUUACCCCAUAGCCAUAAGAACCAUCGUUCUCCUCCACCACCACCACCACCCUACUACCACCAACACCCUACUGCCACUAUAACCAACGCCCUCCUCCACUACCAUCACAACCACCACCACCCUACUGCCGCCACCACCACCUCGUCGACACCACCACCCCAACCACCGCGCUACCGCUGA